CACAUCGUGGUCGCUCUGCCACUCGUAUUGGAGACGCCUCGCCCCGUGCUCCUCCAGCGGCAAGCCGCUGAAUGCCGGCCCACGUCCAGCCGCCGCCGGCGUCGCCGGCCGACAGCUCGCUCGCUGCCAGGGUGGAGGGGUGGGUGCAGUACUGUGAGUACUUUCACCUGCUGGACGCAGACAUGCAGAGAACAAACGAUCUCAGCGCGCAGCGGUACAGCGCGCGGUCUGCGCGCGACGCCGACAGCCGGGUGCGAGCGACGGAGCACGACAAGUGCUUCAGCGGGAUACUCUCCAAGUGCCUCGACCGCGACCGGCCGCUCGUGAGGCUCGAGGGGGAGGGGUCGGACGCUCUGGUCCUCGACGACGGGAGCGGGGGCGCGGGCAGCCGGCGCGUCCUCCGCGACGCGGACCUCGCCAUGGUCCGCUCCCGGAUCCGCGCGGCGGCCUAUUCUUCAAACCUGCGCGUCGCCGCCGAGGAGGGCGGCGGCGGCGGCAGGGCGGACGCGGGCGAGCCGCCGCUCGGCUUCGACGGGCCGGCGCCGCCGGGGAGGGGCGCGGCCAAGCACACCGACCCGUCCACGUGCGCCGCCGCCAUCGAGACGCUGCUCUGGUUUGGGCUCGCCCUCGGCGAAAAUGGCUCGCGCUCAGCCGACGGGAAGGGAAAGAAGAGCAAGCAAGGGGCCGUUCCGCUGGCGGAGCUGUGCGGCGGCGCGCUGGACGACUUCGCGCUGGACUGCGCGCAGGCGAUGCGCGAGGCGGGGCUCACUGAUGAGGCCGCCGCCAACGAGGCACUCGCCGCCGUCACCGCACUGCAGAAGCGGCACAUGCCGGUCAUGCCAGCCGUCCCGGCGCUCGGCGCUGAGGGCGGCGCGCCGGCCAAGCCCACGCCGAGCCCGCUGCGGCGGGUCGAGUCGAGCUCGUCGCACAGCACGGCGACGACCGCCGAGCUCGACAUCUCCGACUCGCCCGAGGAGAAGGAGCCCGAGCGCAAGAGCCGUUCUGGACGCUCGUUCCGGCCGCCGCGGAUUUGGCCGUCGGCCGCGGGCACGCCCCUGCUCAAGUGGGAGAAGGAGCAGCAGCGGAAGAGCGCGGCGGGCGGCCGCAAGCGCCGCGUCUCCAAGGAGCUGGCGCCGACGGAGCUGUCGGCGGCGGAGGUGCGGUACGCGCCGCCCAGCCGGCUGAGCCUGGGCGACGACACGUGCUCCGACUCGUCCAGCGAGUCGGGCUCCGUCUCCGGCGUGCGCACCGUGAGCACCGCCGACCUACACGCCGACAACGGCUCUGACUGCGUCAUGAGCGACCUCGGGCUGUGCGACGAGCGGCGCUCGUGCGACUCGUCGCCAAAGCGGCAGCACGUGGCCGUCCGCCCCGACCCGCGCGGGCCGGCGGAGCCGCUCAUGCGGGCGGAGCCGGUGAUGCCGGCGGAGCCCGUCAUGCCCGCCGUCGCUUGCUGAGAGGCGCUGGCGGCUGGCCGGGCGAUGGGAGGGAGGGGGGGCGGGAGCUACCGGGCCGCCGCCACCCCGGCCUUGUUGAUCUAAUGCCCGAUAUGGGAGGGGUGGGAGGAAGGGAGGCGCGGGAGCCACACCUCCUUCCCCCCCGCCCGCGCGCGACGAUGGAUGCGCGCGUCGAGUGCGCCGCACACGCAACCCCAGCGCUGAUAGAUGAGCGACGGCUGCGCCCGCGGGUCGCACCGCGCGCGCAGACCACCCGAGCGGACGAUGGCUCGAGAUCGUGGGUGAUUCGCCCACCGGAACAACACUUUUGACACUCUCCUCUGUGUCGCGUCUGUGCUGCCCCCCCUAAUUGUGGCGGCCGAUCCCCCGUCUGUGCUGCGUUACGUCGCGAGGGACUGAGAGAGCGUUCUGUCUCUGUGCAUGGUUGUCGACGUGUGCACACCCCGUCUGUGUUGUGUGCCGCGUCCAGAUCUCAUGCGCAUCAUCUCGGCAUGUAAAGUAGACUGUAGUCUUGGCUAUAUUGUUCGGAACGAGGACUGUUCUCAAAUGUC